UUAAGUGGGAGAACUUGCACAAUUGGUGACUGACUAAAUAUUUUUUUGCCCCACUGUAGCUACAGUAUGGUAUCCAGCUACAGUAUGGUAUCUAGCUACAUUAUGGUAUUCAACUACAGUUUGGUAUCUAGCUACAGUAUGGUAUCCAGCUACACUAUGGUAUCUAGCUACAGUAUGGUAUCCAGCUACAGUUUGGUAUCCAGCUACAGUAUGGUAUCCAGCUACAGUAUAGUAUCCAGCUACGGUUUGGUAUCUAGCUACAGUAUGGUAUCCAGCUACACUAUGGAAUCUAGCUACAGUAUGGUAUCCUACUACACUAUGGUAUUUAGCUACAGUAUGGUAUCCUACUACAGUAUGGUAUCUAGCUACAGUAUGGUAUCUAGCUACAGUAUGGUAUCUAGCUACAGUUUGGUAUCUAGCUACAGUAUGGUAUCCAGCUACACUAUGGUAUCUAGCUACAGUAUGGUAUCCUACUACAAUAUGGUAUCCAGCUACAGUAUGGUAUCUAGAUACAGUAUGGUAUCCAGCUACAGUAUGGUAUCUAACUACAGUAUGGUAUCCAGCUACAGUAUGGUAUCAAGCUACAGUAUGGUAUCUAGCCACCGUAUGGUAUCUAGCUACCGUAUGGUAUCCAGCUACAGUAUAGUAUCUAGAUACAGUAUGGUAUCUAGCUACAGUAUGGUAUCUAGCUACAGUAUUGGUUCCAGGGAAAAAAGGUUUCCAUGAUGUGGUCUCUUAUAUCCCAUCCAUACAGUCACUUGAUGACCCCUGGUUUGCUGCCCAGUCCUUACAGAACCAAAGUUACCUUUCUUUCGCUCUCUUUCUAAACCAUAAUUUAUCUCAUUGCUAAGUGCAAUCAUCAACUCUUUCAAUAACAUGAUUGUUAUUGUGUUCUGUCAAUGUUUCUUAGGUCCAAGAGCAGAUAACAUGGCUGUGUUUCUGUGCGUGUCUGUGUCCAGAGGGUUAUUUCAGCCUUGGGUUGCUCUGACAUAGUUGUUCUGGCUGUUGUGUCAUAACUAAGGAAUGCAUUGACAAAAUGGAAUUGGCUUGGAAGCGAGGCAAAGGCUUCUCUCACUGCUGCAGCCGAUAACACAUUAAUGCGACUGGGGGGGCUGACAACAGAGAGGAAGAGAAAAAGAGAGUCCAAAACGCAGCGUUAUCCAUUAGGACCCACAUCUGGCGCUGUGGCUGUAGUUUGGCAGGAGAGAGAGCUGAGGAUGUGGCGGUUGGUAGGCGUGGCCUUUUUGUGCCAGUGUGUGAUUGGUCAGCUGCUGGAGGCCAAGGUGAGAGUAACUCCACCUCGUCUGAUCUGCAGUGUUCCGGGGUUGCCAGGAACACCAGGUAAACCUGGCCCCAACGGGCCUCCAGGGGCCAACGGGAGCGUAGGAAUCCCAGGAAGAGAUGGCAGAGAUGGCAGGAGAGGAGAGAAAGGAGAGAAGGGUGGAGCAGGGGUAAAGGGGAAAGUCGGCCCAACGGGUAAACUUGGCCAGCGGGGUGACCGGGGUCCUGGUGGGAAGAGGGGUCCUGGUGGAGAGAGCGGGGAUGGGGGCCUACCUGGUCCUCCAGGGCCCCUUGGGAAGAAAGGGGACAAGGGCCAGCGAGGGCCAAGGGGGAUGGCAGGAGUCUGCCGGUGUGGCAGCCUGGUGCCUAAAGCAGCCUUCUCUGUGGGAAUCACCAGCAGUUACCCUGCUGAGAAGGAACCUAUCAAGUUCAACAAGGUCCUCUUCAAUGAGGGGGGCCACUACAACCCAGAGACGGGUAAGUUCAUCUGCGCCUACCCAGGCAUCUACUACUUCUCCUAUGACAUCACACUGGCCAACAAGCAUCUGGCCAUCGGGCUGGUGCAGAACGGACAGUACCGCAUCAAGACAUUUGACGCAAACACAGGAAACCAUGACGUGGCCUCUGGGUCCUUAGUAAUGUUCCUGAACCCAGAAGACGAGGUGUGGCUGGAGAUCUUCUUCAAGGACCAGAAUGGCCUGUUUGCAGAUGCAGGGUGGUCUGACAGCCUGUUCUCUGGAUUCCUGAUCUAUGCAGACACCAACUACCUGGACUCACUAGCAGAGGACUACGCAUAGUUUCUUAUUACAUUCAAUAAAGAACUGAGAGGACUGAGUUUAUAGCCUCCCCUUGAUGCAUUUAGAGUAUCUAUUUCAUAAUGUUUUAUUUAUAUUCUAUAUAAAUACAGUGAGCUCCAAAAGUAUUGGGACAGCGACAUUUUUGUUGUUGUUGUUGUUGUUGUUUUGGCUCUGUAUUCCAGCACAUUGGAUUUGAAAUGAUACAUGAGGUUAGUGCAGACUGUCAACUUUAAUUUUCAUCCAUACCGGAUUAACCGUUUACAAAUUACAGCACUUUUUGUACACAUUCUGGCGGACCAAAAGUAUUGGGACAAAUUCACUUAUAUGUGUAUUAAAGUAGUAAAACGUUAUGUAUUUGGUCCCUAUUCAUAGCACACAAUGACUACAUCAAGCUUCUGACUCUACACAUUUGUUGGAUGCUUUUGCUGUUUGUUUGGUUUGUGUUCCAGAUUAUUAUGUGGCCAAUAGAAAAUAAUGGUAAAUAAUGUAUUGUGUCAUUUUGGAGUCACUUUUAUUGUAAAUAAGAAAUAUAGUAUGUUUCUAAACACUUCUACAUUAAAGUGGAUGUUACCAUGAUUACGGAUAAUCCUGAAUGA